CCGUGCGAGGCGCGGGGGCUUGUGGGGGCUGCCGGCGGCGGGGCCGUCAUGGGGAACUGCCACACGGUGGGGCCCAACGAGGCGCUGGUGGUGUCAGGUGGCUGCUGUGGCUCUGAUGAGAAGCAAUAUGUGUAUGGAGGCUGGGCCUGGGCUUGGUGGUGCAUUACUGACACCCAAAGGACAUUUUUUCUGGAACUGCCAGUGCUGCAAGCAAGCGAGACAGGAGCAAUUGUGUUGCUGUCAGCGGCGUCCCGCCAGGAUUUCCCUAGAGAUAAUGACGUUACAGCCCAGGUGUGAGGACGUAGAGACGGCGGAGGGGGUAGCUAUAACUGUCACAGGUGUGGCACAGGUGAAGAUAAUGACCGAGAAGGAGCUCCUGGCUGUGGCCUGUGAGCAGUUCUUGGGGAAGAACGUGCAGGAUGUGAAGAACGUGGUCCUGCAGACUCUGGAGGGACACCUGCGCUCCAUCCUGGGUACCCUGACAGUGGAGCAGAUCUACCAGGACAGGGACCAGUUUGCCAAGCUGGUGCGGGAGGUGGCAGCUCCCGAUGUGGGUCGCAUGGGCAUCGAGAUCCUGAGUUUCACCAUCAAGGAUGUCUAUGAUAAAGUGGAUUACCUGAGCUCCCUGGGGAAGACUCAGAUUGCAGCUGUCCAAAGGGAUGCAGACAUUGGAGUGGCAGAAGCCGAGCGGGAUGCUGGCAUUCGGGAGGCAGAGUGCAAGAAGGAAAUGCUGAAUAUCAAGUUCAUGGCAGAUACCAAAAUAGCAGAUUCCAAACGGGCUUUUGAGUUGCAGAAAGCUGCCUUCACUGAGGAGGUCAACAUGAAGACUGCAGAGGCCCAGCUGGCCUACGAGCUCCAGAGCGCCCGGGAGCAGCAGAAGAUCCGUCAGGAGGAGAUCGAGAUCGAGGUGGUGGAGCGCAAGAAGCAGAUUGAGGUGGAGGAGAAGGAGGUGCUGCGGAUGGAGAAGGAGCUGACGGCCACCGUGAAGCAGCCGGCCGAGGCCGAGGCCUAUCGCAUCCAGCAGAUCGCCGAGGGCGAGAAGGUGAAGCAAAUCCUGCUGGCUCAGGCGGAGGCAGAGAAGAUCCGCAGGAUCGGAGAGGCCGAGGCUUUUGUGAUCGAGGCCGUCGGCACGGCCGAGGCUGAGGGGCUGAAGCUGAAAGCAGAAGCGCUCCAGAAGUAUGGAGAAGCUGCCCAGCUGGCUCUAGUGCUGGAUGCGCUGCCUGAGAUUGCUGCCAAAGUGUCUGCUCCCCUCUCCAAAGUGGAUGAGAUCGUUAUUCUCAGUGGAGAGAAGGGCAGCACCAUGUCUGAUGUGAACCGUCUCCUGGCUGAGAUCCCCAACUCCGUGCGUGCCAUCACUGGUGUGGAUCUCACAAAGCUUCCUCUGUUCCAGAAAGCCACCGAGGCCAAGGAAUGAGGUUGGCCAACCCAAAGCUAGUGAAGAUCACUCCCUGUUAUGCACUCAGACAUCAACUGCCUUCUACACAUGGAAAUUCCUUUUAUAUCAAAGACAAUCCAAGUUUCGUUUGUAACUGGUGCCUUAUUUUGUAGGGCCAGAAAGAUGCAUGUCCUGUCUGCUGCUCUUUUUAUUCCAAAGCUGAGAGAGGAUUUAUUUUCUAA